CUAGCUGACUCAGCAGAGCGCAGGGACACACACGCAAAGGAGAGAAUGGAAGGACGAGGACAUUUCGGUCAUCAUCAGGAGGAUCCGUUGGGCCAGACUCACGCCAGGCAACAACAACUUGCCGGGCCUUUCGCCAUGCCUUCCCCUCUCCACGAGCCCAUGACUCCCAUGUCCAGACUGAUGCAGCAGCAGCAACCACAGACGCCACAGGCGCAGACCCCUGCCUCCAACCAGCCAGCCUCUGCCAUUCUGAGUGCUCUGAUGCCUCCUCCGUCCGCCCCUCCCUCUUCCCACCCAGUCCAGAACCUCUCCUCCCCAGCCCCGUCUCCCUCCCCCUCACAGUUCUCUCCCAUGUCCCCCUCCACUGUACCCCGUACCCCACACUCCGCUCUUACUCCAGAGAGCAUUGGCAUCAUCCCUCAACUCCAGAAUAUUGUGUCCACUGUCAAUCUUGGGUGCAAACUGGACCUCAAGAAAAUAGCUCUCCACGCCAGGAAUGCCGAGUACAAUCCCAAGAGAUUUGCGGCAGUGAUAAUGAGGAUCAGAGAGCCCAGGACUACGGCACUGGUCUUCAGCUCUGGGAAGAUGGUGUGCACUGGAGCCAAGAGUGAGGAGUUGUCCAGACUUGCAGCAAGGAAGUAUGCUCGAAUCAUUCAGAAACUUGGUUUUCCUGCAAGGUUCAUGGAGUUCAAGAUCCAGAACAUGGUGGGAAGCUGUGACGUAAAGUUCCCCAUCAGACUAGAGGGCCUUGUCAUUAACCAACCUCAGUUCUCCAGCUAUGAACCAGAGCUGUUCCCUGGUCUCAUAUAUCGCAUGGUGAAGCCAAGGAUUGUACUGCUGAUAUUUGUCUCUGGGAAGGUUGUACUGACAGGGGCCAAGGAGAGAGGAGAAAUCAUGGAGGCCUUUACCAACAUUUACCCCAUCCUCAAGAAUUUCAAGAAGACGUGAACACACUGACUUUCAGCACUGCCAAAUAACCACCUCUUUGAGACUAGUCAUGGCGAUGCACCAAUAAUGUUCUCUGUGUUGUUUGCACCGUUUGAACACUGCAUCAGUGCAGCAUGCGCACUGCUAGAUAUAAAUCCCCCUCGCGCGAGUUCCGUGCAGGAAAAGCUGGACUUACACAACAACAGCAUGUCGUGUGGAGGCGAGCCUGAAGUAAAGCGGCACAGGAGGGAUGGGAGUAGCGGCGGCGUGGUAGUGGUUCUAGGCGGCCAGUGGGGAGACGAAGGGAAAGGAAAGCUCGUGGAUAUUCUCGCGCAGGACGCGGACGUCGUUUGCCGCUGUCAGGGCGGCAAUAAUGCAGGGCACACGGUCAAGGUAGAAGGUGUUACCUAUGAUUUCCACCUACUGCCGAGUGGGAUUAUCAACAAGAAAUGUGUGUCAGUCAUUGGGAAUGGAGUGGUAGUGAGUCUGUCUGGGCUCCUGUCGGAGGUGGAGAAGAACAGAGAGAAGGGGCCUGGACUGGAGGGCUGGGAGCAGCGUCUCCUUAUCUCCAACAGAGCACACAUUGGUACCCACACCUGUCAGUUGCCACUCCUGCCACACGUCUUUCCUCCUCUCACUCCAGUGUUUGACUUCCACAAACUGAUUGACGAGCAGCUGGAGCAGGAGAGGAACAAGAGACUCGGGACCACCAAGAAGGGCAUUGGUCCUGCCUAUGCUGCAAAGAUGGGUCGUGUUGGACUGAGGGUUGAAGACCUCCUGGGAGACUGGGGUGUAUUCUCAGACAAAGUGCGGCUGAUGGUAAAAGGAUACAUGGCAAGGUUUCCUGACCUGGUGCUUGACGUUGAGGAUGAGCUCGCCAAGUGCAAGGAGUAUAUCAGUAUUGUUAGGCCGAUGGUGCGAGACACGGUGUUCUAUCUCCACAAAGCCAUUCAGGAACAUAAGAACAUUAUUGUGGAGGGAGCCAAUGCCACAAUGCUUGACAUUGACUUUGGGACCUACCCAUUUGUGACUUCGUCCAACUGUACAGUGGGCGGGGUCUGCACGGGGUUGGGGAUUCCCCCGCGUGAUCUCACCGAGGUGUACGGAGUAAUGAAGGCUUACUCCACUCGAGUUGGUAGUGGAGUAAUGCCCACAGAGCUCCUUGGAGAGGACGAGGAGUUGGGCAAGAGACUAAGAGAGAAGGGAGGGGAGUACGGAGUGACCACUGGGAGACCGCGCCGGUGCGGUUGGUUUGACGCCGUGGUGGGUCGCUACUCCACCAUUAUCAAUGGCUACACCAGCAUCUGCCUGACAAAACUGGACAUUCUUGAUGACUUUGAUGAGGUAAAGGUAGGUGUGGCUUACACCAUUGAUGGAUCACCAGUUGAAGGAAUGCCAGCGGAGCACGAACUGAAGCGAGUGGUGGUGCAGUAUGAAGUUCUGCCGGGCUGGAAGAGCAACACAGCUGGUCUCACCUCCUUCUCUGCCCUCCCUCCAAACGCCCAGGCCUACGUGCACAUGAUUUCUCAACUGGUUCAGGUCCCCAUUCAGUGGGUAGGAACAGGUCCAGGAAGAGAAGACAUCAUUGUCACAUAGACUCUGACUUUUCUUUAUUACACUCUCUCUUACUUUCUGGAGACAUGUAUAUUGUAAUGCAUUAGGUUGUGAUAUAGACUGAAUUGAAAGUCACAGCAGAAGAAGGGAGGAGGGUCUGGCUUGGCUAGUAGCCAGAGACGAACGUGACGAAACUCCGGAGCUGCGGCGGCAGAUAGACUAGUACUGUGUACAUAGUCAUCAGCAGCAGGAGAAACAUGACCACAUCUGGGUGCCAUUGGCUCAGGAAAUUCUGACACCCAGAGUGACUAGCUAACUAGACAUAGAGACUUGAGGAUACAGAGAACUCUCUUUUCUGAAGGCUCCAGCAUCGUCAGUGACGUCGCAGCCUCGAACUGGUACUUCUUACGAGCCAACCACGCAAGCAUCUUGCCUCCCUGCUGUCCUCCCUCUGCCUAGCACCCAGGUCACUAGCCUCGCCCUGCGAUCUCGAUCGCUCUCGAGACGCAGCCACGCCCCUCUACCUGUCUGUAAAGCCACGCCCAAUUUAAAGGUCAAAGUCCAACGGCUUGUUGGUCGUCUACACGUGUGUGUUUUCAGCCAAAUCCCUCAGACCCUGUCCAUUCCCCUUCCUGCAGUCGGUUACUAGCCAGAAAUGAGCUCCAUUGGAACUGGGUACGACCUGUCGGCAGCUCAGUUCUCUCCCGAUGGCCGUGUCUUCCAGAUCGAGUACGCCAACAAGGCCGUGGAGAACAGUGGGACAGCGGUUGCAAUUAGGGGGAAGGACGGAGUUGUGUUUGCAGUCGAAAAACUUGUGACUUCAAAACUCCACGAACGUUCAGUCAACCAGCGAAUAUCUACCAUUGACCGUCAUGUGGGUGUGGCCAUCACGGGACUGUUCUCGGAUGCUAGAACGGUAAUUGAGGAGACGCGCCAAGAAGCUAGCAAGUACCGUUCUCACUACUGUCAGCCAAUUCCACUCAAGGUGUUGGUUGACCGGAUGUCUUCGUACAUGCAUGUCUGCACCCUGUACAGUGGGAUCAGACCUUUCGGUUGUUCCCUGAUAUUUGGCUCCUACUCUUCCUCCACUGGACCUCAGCUCUUUAUGACUGACCCUUCUGGGGUGUCCUGGGGCUACAAGGCAUGUGCAGUAGGGAAGGCCAAACAAGCAGCCAAAACUGAGCUUGAGAAACUAAAGAUGUCAGACAUGACACUGGCUGAACUGGUGAAGGAGGCCACCAGAAUAAUCUAUGCUGUACAUGACGAAGUCAAGGACAAGGAUUUUGAACUAGAGCUGAGCUGGGUUGGCGAAGCUACUGAAGGGUUGCAUCAACUGGUGCCUGAAGACGUGAAGGCUAGUGCAGUGGACUAUGCCAAGGACUCCCUGAAAGAGAGCGAUUCAGAGGAAGAGUUGGAGCAAGAAGAGGCCACCUGACACUUCUCCCAUCUCUCAUAAUAGACUCUUUAAAUAGUGCUGUAAUCAUUGGUGUGUUGUAUGAUCAUGUGUUAGUUUGACUGAACGUGGAACUGAGAAGACUGCUAAUAGUUGCAAACAGACCAGCUGUUCUCCCCUCCUCUCCCUCUCUCCCCAUGGGUGUCUGCCUCUCUGCUGUCUCCCAGUGACACAAAGUCCAAAAUACCCACUCUGGUAUUCGAGUCUCCCUCUCUCCUUCCCUGUCCUCACCUCCACACUCGCCCACUCCUCCCCCUCCUCUUCCUCCUCCCCCUCAUCACUGUCUUCCGGGGGCAGGUCAGCUGCUGCAGUACAGAGCGAAGGAGGUUCGUUCUCAGGAUCUCCUGCCAGAGCUCCACUGUCUCCUCUGUACAUGGCCAGGUCAGGCUGGCAGGAGAAGGCUCCUUGUUUACCGUCCCAGCUCAGAGUGAGUGACAAGAGCCAGGAU